AUGGAAGAUACGGCACCACGGCCGACAGCGGUCGUACACGACCAGGUGCCGUUCUUACAGUAUCCAUCUCCUCACAAAGACGACGCGAACCGUCGCCAAUACCUGAUUUACUUGAUCCCCGGCAACCCGGGACUCGUUGGCUACUAUGUCCCAUUCAUGACCACACUCCGACAACUCCUCAAUGAGACGGAGUCCACCCAAGGCAGCCGUCAUUCUUUUCAUAUCUAUGGUCGCAACCUGCUCGGCUUUGAUGACCGCGACCACCAGCCUCUCUUCGGGACUUCAACCUCGGCAGCCAAUGCCUCAGGAGACGCCAAGAAAACUGAGCCUUUCAAUCUCGACGACCAGAUCAACGGCGUUUGUGAAAACGUCCGGAAGGUCGCAACUAGCACGCUUGCCAAUGGCCGUGUAUUCGAUCACGUCAUACUCAUCGGCCACUCGGUUGGGGCCUACAUUGCCCUGGAGACCUUCCACCGGCAUCUUCAAGACAAGCAGACCACCCGCAGCUCCGAGAUACCCAACCCUACCUUGGCGCCGUUAUCACAAAUCUCUUUGACAUCCGGCAUCCUCCUCUUUCCAACCGUUUACCACAUCGCCCGUUCGCCCAGUGGGCGCAAACUGGACCUGCUGCGGACCAUCGGCGUGCUUGACCGGACGGCACAUCACCUCGCACGGUAUGCGUUGGAUGUGUUACCGGGAUGGGCCGUAAGCGGUGUGGUGCGGCGGGUGUUGGGGUUCCCCGAGCACGCAGCGGACGCUACGCUGGGGUUUUUGAAUGGGCGGGAUGGAGUGUGGCAGGCACUUCAUUUGGGCAAAGAUGAGAUGAAGGUUAUUGGAGAGGAGACGUGGGCAGAAGAAAUGUGGGAGAUCCAAGAGGCCGAAGGCAAGCAACCUGGAGCGGGGCCUGAGCAGGGGGAAAGCCCAGCCAAGUUUUAUUUCUACUUUGGGACAAAAGACCACUGGGUCGCUGAUGAGUGCCGGGACGAGUUUAUCGAGCGGAGACGCCAGCACGAGAAGGGCAGGACACGGGUCGUCAUCGAUGAAGGUGGUGUGCCACACGCCUUUUGCAUUCACCAUAGUGAGUCGGUCGCGGAGAAGGUCAGGAGCUGGGUCGAGGACAUUGCUGGCCUCUGA